AUGAUGUGGCUGAUAGUGUGUUGGGGCCUGAUGGCGUUACUCUGCUACUUGGCUCUCAAUCACCUCGGCACACGUACCACCGACGAGUCUACAAAAACUACGGUGUCGUCGGCUCAGGGAGCGCCAAACCGCCUUGACGGCUCGAAUAGCGAAUGGACGAACGAAGUGUUAGCCUGGAUUUACAACAACUAUCUUAAAGUACCCGGACCUUUGGAAGCAUGGAUAAAGUCCUUAAACGACGCCGCUAAAAAAGUCAAUAGACCUACAGAAUGCGAAGUAGUGUUUGAUGGCUUCGGCGACCAUAGGCAGAUAAAAGUACCGCCUAAAGUCAGCAACAUCAGAGUUGAACAUGGACCUCGAGAACAUUUGACACUAAGAGCAAAUAUUCAUCUACCAUGUGUGUGCCUUAAAGUCGUUUCAUCUCAGCGAACGCCUGAGAGGCUUUUGGUCAGCAAUUUUGAUGCCAACAUAGUGGAUCUUCGUGGA